AUGGAAAACACCGGGAGCAUUAAGCAAGAAGCACCACAGCCUCUUCCUCUUGGGAUCUUUGAGAUACCGGGAGAGCCUGCGGUUGUUAUCAACGGUGUGCCUGAUUGUACGGUUGCCAAAGAUGACGAACCAGUAUCAUCAAGUGGCACUGUAGGAAGUGGUGAAUGGCUUGUGGGUAGACAAGUUCAGAAGUUUUUCUUGGGUCGGUAUUAUUCUGGUACGGUGACAAAGUUCGAGAAAGAAUAUGGGUGGUACAGAGUUGAAUACGAAGAUGGGGAUUCUGAAGAUCUUGACUGGUGUGAGCUUGAAGAAGUACUUUUACCUUUGGAUGUUACUCUCCCACUGAGAUCAAUCUCGUUGUGGAUCAUCAAGAAUCGACAAACACUGGCCCAAGCUUAUGGACGCUAG